GCUAAUCAAAGUUUACAUCUAUAAUGUUUUGUUAUCAUUCUUUACUCAAAUAAAGUAUUCUUCCUAGACUCUACAGUUCAAACCAAAAUGGCUAAUAAUGAGAAAUAUGAAAGGAUUGCGGUGGUCACCGGGGCUAACAAAGGCAUCGGAUUCGAGAUCGUUAGGCAGUUGGCAGCGGCUGGGGUGACGGUGGUGUUGACGGCGAGAGAUGAAAGAAGAGGAGUGGAGGCCACCUCAAAGAUUCAUAGCUUAGGCCUCUCAAAUGUGGUGUUCCAUCAGAUGGAUGUCACAGAUAUUAAUAGCAUCACCUCAUUGGUUCAUUUCAUUAAGGCUAAGUUUGGGAGACUAGAUAUCUUGGUGAACAAUGCUGGUGCUUCUGGAAUGGAGGUUGAUGAUGAAGGAUUAAGAGCCUUAAAUAUUGAUGCAGCUACUUGGAAAUCAGGGAAAGCAGCUAGUUUGGUUCAAGGGGUAAUGAAAACAACAUAUGAGAAAGCAGAAGAGUGUUUUAACACUAAUUACUACGGUGCAGAAGAAGUAGCUGAAGCUUUGCUUCCAUUGUUAAAGCUUUCAACUACUGGUGCAAGGAUUGUAAAUAUUUCCUCUCUUAGAGGAGAAUUAUGGAGAAUUCCAAAUGAUCAGAUUCGAAGCAAGUUUACUAAUAUAGAGAACCUUACAGAAGCCGAGAUUCAUGAGAUACUGCAAAAAUUCUUGCAAGAUGUGAAGCAAGAAACAUUGAUAGAGAAUGGAUGGCCCUUGAUGUUACCAGCAUAUGGCAUUUCCAAGACAGCACUUAAUGCAUACACCAGACUUCUUGCUAGGAAAUACCCUGAAAUGUACAUAAACUGUGUUCAUCCAGGCUAUGUUGAUACAGAUUUAGCUUGGCAUACAGGACCUAUGAGUCCGGAAGACGGAGCCAAAGCACCAGUCAGAUUGGCCCUGUCACCUGAAGGUGGACCUACAGGGUGCUACUUCGACCAGAUGAAAGUAGCUAGCUUUUGAUCUCAUCUAGCAGGAGAGAAUAACAAAUUGAGGGCUGUUUGAUUCCAAAGAACAUUAGGAUCCAAUCUGUUCGUUUCUGAAAAUUCAAAUUUAUUACUCGAGACAAUUUUGCAAUAAAAAUAAUCAAAACUUCUGGCCACAGGUCAUGGUAGUAUCAUAAUCUAAUGGUCAGCAUCUACAUGUCAUAUAACUCAUAUUGUAAAUAAAAGCAACAGAGAUAAAGAUCAAACACCUAGCAGUAUCUGUAAUCAUCUUAUAUUUUCCAAGAACCAAACAUACUGCGAAUUGCAGAAGCAUAGGCGGAAUCAGAUUCAUCAUCUGACUGAUCUUUUUUCUUUUGUAUCAUCAUUCAAUUCGCAACAUGAAUGUUCUUUUGGUACUUUUUCAUGUUAGUGCUAUUACUCCAAGACCAAGGAUGUGAAGAAGCACAGGCGGAAUCAGAUUCAUCAUCCUGAUGGAUAAGCGUGUGUUCCUAGGUUUUUUUUUUGUUUUUUUUUUUUUGAGGAAUUAUUGGCUUGAACAAGUUCUGCAUAGCCGGAUAAUUAAGCUGGCCAUUGAGUAUGUGAACUCCAAGGAUCUCAGAGCCUCAGACAAUUCUUGGAAGAGAUCUUGAUGAAGAAGGCAGGUCCUCCUCUGACGUAUGUAUGCCAAGAUGUGCCAGGGAAAAACAUCUGCGACUUCAGCGCCCAUAAAAAAUGAGCAAAAAUGAAGUGAUACAAUUGAAAAAUGAGUGAUUAUGGAAAGAGAUGCACU